AUGUCGUCAUCCUAUGGAAACAAUGGUGACAAGAACAAUCAUGAAAAGUUUGGAUUCAAUUUACUCCGUAAGAAGCCACAGCAGCCUUCGAAUAGAUCUGAGAGAAGAGCUGACGACUCAAGUUCAAGUGAGGAUGAAGCAGGACCAAGUUCGAAUUACGUGUCUAGCUCUCAGCUGAAUUUACCCAGUUUUAGACCCUCCGGAGGGUCCACAGAUGAAUUAAACAGGGCAAACAGGACAAACGUCGGUUCCUCUGACGCAAGAUAUUCACCCAGAACUGCAUCCAAUACAGAGUCUGGCAAUCGUAGACAACAGAUGAUCGAAGAUGAUGCGAUAGCUACCAUCAGAGAUAAUUCAGGAGCUGCCAGGUGUUUCGAUGAUGAUGAUGAGGAGGAGGAAGAACAUCAAGAGCAAAAAGAUUCUGGUGAGAAUCCAGCUGAUAUUUCACCAAGAACAUCAGGAGUUACGAAGAAACUUCAGUUCAAAUCACACCCAAGUAUCAUUCCUGAAGAUACCGCAACUCAAGACGGUGGAGAAUACUAUGAGGAGAAGGAUGCUGAAAAAGAGGAUCAGGAUGAUUCAGUUUCCACCCAGUCUUCUGAAAGUAAGAUGGAUCAUUUUAGACAUCUAUUCAGGAGAAGAUCAACUGCUCGCCCACAUCAAGAAACUAAUGAUGGUCGAAAUUCCGCUGAAUCUCAUUCAAAAGGUGGAAUGAGGAAUUUGAAUGGAGCUGAUGACGAAGUGGAAGAUGGCGGAUUCCUUUCCAAGUUCUUAAGCUUAACAGGAGGUGGAUUGACUCCAGCUGUCAAUAACACUGACCCAUCGGGAGAAAAUGAUCAUGAACGUAAUGCAGGCCAGAACAAUCUUGAAGACCCUAUUCCAAUGUCAGAUAUCGCGGCUACCGCCCAGCAGAUAGUUCAAGCACAUUCUAUGAUGGCUGGUAAGUCAGCACCUGGUACACAACAUGGAGCCUCUGGAAGUGCAUCAUCAGAACAUCCCAAUGGAGAACACAAUCUCGGAACAGAAGCGGGUGUUACCUCUCCUUUUGAACCUGUAUCACCAUUUAAUCAGUCAACGGACGGGGAGACUAUGGUAUCUUCUCACCAAGAUGAUGCUUUCUAUGUUCCUGCAACCAACCACUACGAUGAUAUAGAUGAUCCUGAUGAUCUGGAGCCUUUAGGGAUUGAAGGCUCCUACAUUGCACCAGUAGAUAGAGUUAGAGGUGGUGUUUUGGGAUCCUUACUAAAACUAUACCAAAAUCAAGACGAUCAGUACACAAAGUCUCAGCUCUCCUUAAAUGAUUCCUCGAUAGAACAAACCCCAGAGCCUGUGGAUCAAGCUGGAAAAUCCGAUCAAAAAACGGGGAAAAAGAUUUACAAUCCAUUUCAUAAGCAUAGUAAAUCUCAAACUAACGUUUCUGGCGCUAACAAAUCUGGUUCUUCUAUGAAUUUACCAAAUUUUAAAGCUACUAGACCCAAAGCGGCCGCUAAGAACUUAGUGAAAGCCAAAAACUUCAAGAAAAAGGCUGCAGCUGAAGCCAGAAUCACCGUUCAUAUUGCGGACUUGUUGCAAAGGCAAAGAUUUAUUCUACGUCUCUGUAAAGCAUUGAUGUUGUACGGUGCCCCUACCCAUAGAUUGGAAGAGUAUAUGGUAAUGACCUCUCGUGUCUUAGAGAUUGACGGUCAAUUCCUUUAUGUGCCUGGGUGUAUGAUCAUUUCUUUCGGUGAUAUGACUACCAGAACAUCUGAAGUGCAAUUGGUAAGAUGCAAUCAAGGUCUUAACUUAUGGAAAUUACAUGGUGUCCAUUCAGUUUAUAAACAAGUUGUUCAUGAUAUUAUGAGCGUUGAGGAUGCCAAUAUGGAAAUUGACAGAAUUCUGACUGGUAAGAAUUUGUAUCCACCAUGGGUCUCAGUUCUGUUGUAUGCAUUCUGCUCGUCAAUGGUUACACCAUUUGCAUUCGGUGGAGAUUGGAUUAAUAUGGCAGUCGCGUUUGGUAUCGGGCUUUGUGUUGGUUCCUUGCAGUUCAUUGUAUCCCAAAAAUCAAAUCUUUACUCCAAUGUGUUUGAAGUGACUGCCUCCAUUGUCGUCAGUUUUUGCGGUAGAGCGUUGGGUUCUAUUCCAAACUCCAAUAUUUGUUUCGGUGCCACUGUUCAAGGUUCAUUGGCUUUAAUUUUGCCUGGUUAUAUCAUUUUAUGUGGUUCGUUGGAACUUCAAAGUAGAAAUUUGGUUGCCGGUGCUGUCAGAAUGUUCUACGCCAUCAUCUACUCCUUAUUUUUAGGUUUUGGUAUUACAUUGGGAGCUGCAUUGUUUGGUUGGAUCUACCAUGAUGCCACCAACGAAACCUCGUGUUCAAAGAACAUUUCCCCAUGGUUUAGAUUCAUCUUUGUUCCUUGCUUUUCAAUCGGUUUGGGUUUGAUUAACCAAGCUAGGUGGACGCAGUUGCCUGUCAUGACACUCAUCUCAUGUUGUGGUUAUGUUGUGACGUACUUUUCUGGUAAGCAUUUUGCAAAUUCAACAGAAUUCACAUCUGCUAUGGCGGCGUUCGUUAUUGGUAUAUUAGGUAACUUAUACUCAAGAAUCUGGAAAGGGUUUGCUGUUUCUGCCAUGUUGCCAGCUAUCUUCGUUCAAGUGCCAAGUGGUGUUGCAUCUCAAAGCUCUCUAUUAGCAGGUGUACAAAGUGCCAAUGCCAUCGUGAACAAUAGUACUACUACUGUCGUUCAAGACGAUCUUUCUGGAUCCAUGUCUUUCGGUGUCACGAUGAUUCAAGUUUCAAUUGGUAUCUCUGUCGGAUUAUUUGCAUCAACAUUAUUUAUAUACCCAUUCGGUAAGAAGAGAACAGGGCUUUUUACAUUAUAG